AUGGUACCCGAUCUUCUGCAACACCUCGACAAUGUCGAGAGGGCAUCUGUGCCCCAACCCGUCUCAGACCCCUUCAAGUUCCGCAGCGCAUACAAGACGGAUGAAGAACUGUCGGAAUUGCGCAGGCGUAAGAAGGGCAAGUCCCUCGAAGACUACCAUAAGCGGCAGAACAGUCUCAUCGAAGACCUCCUCAAGACCAUGGAAGACCACACCAACGACGCAAGGGUCGAGGAGGAAGCCGCUCGUUUACCAGUCAAGAUAGCCGUAUGGGCAAGCCUCAUUGCCAACCUCAGCCUCUGCGUACUCCAGAUGUAUGCGGCGAUCUCGUCGCUGUCGUUGUCGCUUCUGGCGACCGGUAUCGAUUCGGUUUUCGAUAUCGGGAGCAACGUCCUGCUGUUCUGGCUCCAUAAGAAAGCCGACGCCCUCGACAUGAACAAGUGGCCCGUCGGUGGUGCUCGCCUUGAGACCAUCGGGAACAUCGUUUAUGGCUUCUUGAUGGGAUCUGUGAACUUGGUCGUCAUCGUCGAGUCUGCGCGGACCCUCAUCACACAUAACGGAACCGACGACACCAACACCCUCCACGUCCCGUCUCUGAUCGCCGUCGGAGCAGCGUUGGGCGUGAAGUUUCUGCUAUUCUUGUACUGCUUCGGGUACCGAAACUCGUCCAGUCAGGUCCGCAUGCUGUGGGAGGACCACCGCAACGACCUGUUCAUCAAUGGCUUCGGUCUGCUCAUGUCCGCGGGUGGGAGUAAGCUCAGGUGGUACCUUGACCCGAUGGGAGCCAUCAUCAUCGCCGCCGGGGUCAUUAUUGCGUGGUCGCGCACUGUAUACCGCCAAUUCUGUUUGCUCGCCGGAAAGUCGGCGCCACACGACUUCAUUCAGCUUCUUAUCUACAAGACCAUGACAUUCAGUGACGAGAUUGAGAAGGUUGAUACUGUACGAGCAUAUCAUAGUGGACCUGAUUAUUACGUGGAAGUGGACGUGGUGAUGGACGCGAACACGCCGCUCUGGAAGGCACACGACGUCAGUCAGAGUCUUCAGGACAAGAUUGAGGUCCUGCCGAACGUGGGCCGUGCGUUCGUACAUGUCGACCACGAGGCAACCCACACUCCCGAACAUCGCAAGUUCAUGUAACUCACGGCUCGCGGAUCCCGCAGCUCACGCGACAUACCGAUACUCUCGCAAUGCUGUCAACAUUCAACGACAAGGACACGACUAAGAGAGAAGAACUGUUCUAACAGAGACUAUAGUGAAGAUUCUGAAAUUGCGAAAUUACGAUUAUGAUAAUGAAAUAGAGCGUACGAUCUACUUGUGUUACGACAAACACUCACUGCUCUGCACUUUCGUCAGCGGCAGUCGG